AUGGCCGACGAGGUUCCCGCUGCCCUCAAGGCGGCCGACGUCAGUCUCUACAAGACGGCGACUCGAGGCGCCCAGCUGCAAUCAGUGAAGCCCAUCAUUUCAUACUGGUGCGAAUACUGGGUGGUCAACCAGAUCCUCGCCAAGCAGCUACACAAUACCGACUCGGACAUCCUGGACUACACCAUGAAGCUGAUGGACAAGCUGGAGGAGACCAAAGCCGAACACGCCAACGACGAUGCGAUCAUGGACGACACCGCGGGCCAGGCAUAUGUCGAGCAGUUUGCGCAGGAAACGCUGGACCGGGCAGAGCGUGUCAUCAAGGCUGGCAAGGUCACAGGCAACACGGCCAAUACAUUCGAUGCCGCAUUGACCUUCUUCAAUCUUGUCAACAUCUGGGGGCCGCCCGAUGGCGAAACCCAACAGAAGAUCAAAUACGCCAAGUGGAAUGCGGCGCGAAUCAUCAAGGCGAUCAAAGAGGGCAAGGACCCCAACGAGUCAAACCCCAAGAAGGAGGACCUGCCAUUAGAAGCUCCAGCCCUCGACCCCAAUGACCCUGAAACGUACCAGCCGCAGAUGUUCCGCGAGAUGAUGCAGGCGUAUCGCUACCCCACAGCCCUGCCUCAGCUAUCAAUCUGCCGUCUGCGCCAGAUGAUGGUGAGCUGA